UUUAGAUUCGGAAUAACAGUACACGACUCAGGUAGGGACAUUUUUUAAAAAAAAUAGAAAUAAGGAUAAAUAGGAUAAAUCUGCGGGGUUUGUGAAUGGAGGAUGGAUUCCUGAAGCUCGCGGCUUGUUUUCGGGAGCGCACGUAUCGUUUUUUUGCAGAGUGAUGAAUGAAAAUCAGAGGAAAAAGGAAGAAAAAACACACAAAAUCCAACCUUACCAUGGAUGCGAGAGUGCAGUGAUGCUGAGGGUACAUCUGUGACUGAAUAAAGGCUGAAAUAAUAAUAAUAAUAAAUCCAGCGAAGAAGUUCUGACUAUGCCUUCCACAAAUCAGAUGCAGCAGAUGUUAGUUUGCUGAGGACAGAUCCACCAGAGAGGACCGAGCAGAUCACACUACUACCACACAGACCGGAGGAUGGUCCCGGGGGCCCCCAGCACGACCACCACCAUGCUCCCCGCCUCCGAGGCUGCCAAAAUCUACCAGACCAACUACGUGCGCAACUCCCGCGCCAUCGGCGUCCUGUGGGCCAUCUUCACCAUCCUCUUCGCCAUCGUCAACGUGGUGUGCUUCAUCCAGCCGUACUGGAUCGGAGACGGCGUGGACACCCCGCAGGCGGGCUACUUCGGUCUGUUCCACUACUGCAUCGGGAACGGGCUGUCCCGGGACUUGACCUGUCAGGGCAGCUUCACCGAGUUCAGCAGCAUCCCCUCCGGUGCGUUCAAGGCCGCCUCCUUCUUCAUCGGCAUGUCCAUGGUGCUGGUCCUCACCUGCAUCGGUUGCUUCGCGCUCUUCUUCUUCUGCAGCACCGGAACCGUUUACAAGAUCUGCGGCUGGAUGCAGCUGGCUGCAGGUACGUGUCUGAUCCUGGGCUGCAUGAUCUACCCGGACGGCUGGGACAGCGACGAGGUGAAACGGAUGUGUGGUGAGCAGACGGACAAGUACACGCUGGGGGCCUGCUCGGUGCGCUGGGCCUACAUCCUGGCCAUCAUGGGCAUCAUGGAUGCUCUCAUCCUCUCCUUCCUGGCCUUUGUCCUGGGAAAUCGCCAGGACAGUCUGAUGUCUGAGGAGCUGCUGGGAGACAAGACGGGUAAUAAUGCCAUAUAAUGUGUGGUAACAGUAAAGCAGUCACACACACACACACACACACAGGUCUCGCUGCCUUGACGUGAUGUUACUUGAGGAUCCAGCUUCCCUCUCCUGGUCCAGCUUGCGGCUGGGAUGCAGAUGCUGAUGUGUGGGGAAAGAACAGAUCAAAGAAAAAGAAAAAAAAGGAGGUCUGGAAGAGGCCACACAACCUUGUUUUUGCGGAGACCAGGACGCCCCUCUGUAAAAUUACCCUUCUCAUUCAUCCCAGACUGCUUAUUUCUGCAGAACGAAUUCUCAAAAACAGACUUUGUCAAGAGUUUUCCUGUGUUGGUUUCGUCACUGCGUCAUCUCAUCCCCCUCGCCCCCCCACCCCUCGAGUUGUUGAAGCUGAAACGUUCUCCGUGUUGGAUGUGAGGACGGUGCCGCUGGUGUGCAGAGAAGAAGACUGUGGUAAAUCAGCUCCAGGACACUUGUUGGACAAACACCAAGGAGCGGCAGCCGAUCAAAUCGAAUUAAAUCACAACAAAUUAACCAGACUUUGACCGACACAAAUAAGGACUUAACAGACUUGAGGUCAAAGCUGUCAGAUCGUCUUUCUUAUCAAGUCAGCGGCGUAGUAUAACAAACUCCCUGCACAGGAGUUCGGCUUUGACGUUAUGUGACUUUGAACUGAUUUGAAGGUGAGUGGAGAGACUGAGAAAAUUACAGGUUGUGACCUUUUCGAAACCAACAUGCUGGAUAUACAAACAGAAAACUGUUUUGUUAUAAUUAAAUGUUUGAUGUGAUAGUAUCAGAGGUAGUAAAAAUAGAGGUUCUGCUGGUGACAACUAAAAAUAAAAAGCACUAAAUAGGCGAAAAUGUACCAAGUCUGUAUCUGUGUAUAGCUAUAUGUUGAUGAUUACGUCCCUGUACUUUUGUCAUGACUUUGAAAUGUGCACUUUGAAAUGUUCAAGCUAUUGGUCCAUUAUUGGUGUGUGCCAUACAGUAUCUUGUAAUCUAGCAGUAUUGUGGAGUACUAAAGGAUGACUGUGCUGGGUUAUAAGCUGCGGCUGGAUGAGUUUUACCCUCUGGUGGCUGUUUUCUGUCAUUCUUCUCUCUUUCCCAGCUAUACAAGAAAAAAAGGAAUAACACAGAUAAGGAAUGAUGAUGAGUCAAAGUUACAUUAAAAUUUGAUGUAUACAUUUCAACAACUUUAAAGCAAAACUUCGACAUCAUGGGAGAAAUAUGCGUACUCACCUUCUGGCGGUGAAAUAAGAUCCAUACUACUCUCAUUUCUGUCUGUUAGCCAGCUGUUGAUUAUCUUAGAAUAUAUACUGGGAACAGGUAAACAAAAUCCACCGACCAGCACCUCUAAAGCCCACUAAUUAACAUCUGGUUUGUUUAACCUGAGCUAAAAAUUGGAAAUUCACCGUUUUAUAUAGGGCUAUGGCUAUUUCUUGGCACACAAAAUAGGAUUAAGUGUAACACAGCGACAUCAUCCUUGUGAACGUGCCUCUUCUUACUUUAAAGUGUUAUCGUGUCGAGCCCGAAGGAGUCCAGAGGUGUUUGUCUUACUGAGUUUCAAACACAACUCCAAAAAGAUAACAUAACAAGGACUCAAUGUACUUUCCAUCAGUCACAUUCCUUUUUCCCCCCAAAGGUGUGGGUACGAUUCCCCCCCCGCCCCUCCCUCCUCUCUUAAACUCAUGACCAGACAAGGACAAAAAUGUUGAACCCUUUUCUGUAAGAGUGUGUCCAAAUGAGCAACAUGGAAAGACAGAAAAAUGAAAGUUUGACUCUGAAACAUCAUGUGAGAUAAAAUAAAGAAAUGAAAAACA